AUGUUAGUCUACAUAUUUUUUCUAUGUCUAAUUCUGUCUCCAUCUUUAUCGCAAGAGGGCGAAAAAACAGAACCAUUAGAUAAAUCACAAAUUAUUGGUGUCAAAACAGUUCAAAACAUAAAAAUUAAUAAAGAUACCAUUAUUACACGAAAUAUGAAAUUGGAAACGAAGGGACGAAAAAAGCCCCUAAGAGAAGACACAAAUAAAGAUCCCGACUGGUCGUACCAAUCUAUUCCUCAAGAUGUGGCGAAACACGCACAAGAUUUUAAACGCAAUAUGUCAGAAUGUUUAAAAGAAGUACAGGCCAAAGAUAACAGACCAAUCAAACGAUUAUCUCCAAAAACUGAGUCUCCAAUACACGGCGAAUGUCUCAUUGCGUGUGUAUUAAAACGGAAUGGUGUUAUAGAAAAUGGAAAGGUUCAUAAAGAUAAUCUUAUCAUCUUAGUCAGUAAAUUCUACGCAAAAGAAGAUAAACUUAUAAAGAAACUUGAAAAGGGCGUGGAUCACUGUAUUAACUCUAGUAUAAAAAAUAAAGACGAAUGUGUUUUGGCGUCGCAAUUAAACGAAUGCACGAAUAACAUCAUGGCAACUAAUAAACAUAAAUUCACUAUUGAUAUUUGAGUCUGUACCAAUAAUAUAAAAUAAAGAAUACUAAAAAACUAAGGCACAA